UAAGGAUUUUGUGUGUAAGCAGUUGAAAAAAACUGUAACUGAAAAUUUGAAAUGAGUUCUAGAAUACAUUAUUAAAAUGUCUGGUUGGGUCAAUGUGUUGAAAUAUAUUCUGUUAAAAAAGUAUUUUACUGAAAUAAACCCAGUGUAAAUUCAGGAAUAGUUCCAGACAGAAAUGCUGCAAUGAUUCAAGGGUUCAGAAAUAAUUUCCUUUUUCUCACCAAAUUUCUAACCACAGGUCAUUUCACUGAAGAACUGGAAAGCGAGAGGAAAGUCAGUCCCUCUAAGUGGACUAAAGCUCUUCUGAUUUUUCUGGGUUUGACGCUCAUUUUUGCUCUCGGGGGUCUCUGCACUCUCUGGAUCCUUUAUAAUAAUAAGCAUGCCGAUUUCGAAUCACUGAAAGAGCAGCACAUAAUGGUUUCAAAACAACUUGCAGCUCAAAUGAUCAACAGCACAGUUAUGAUAAGAGAACAAGAUGAACUUAGAACCAAUUACACCGAACAGCUUCAACUUCAUGAUGUUAUGAUAAGAGAACAAGAUGAACUCAGAACCAACUACACCAGAGUUAAAGAACAGCUUCAACUUCUUGAUGAUCUGAAGAGGAUACAGCAGUAUGCAGUGGAUGUGACUCUGGAUCCUGAUACAGCUCAUCCUUCUCUCAUCCUGUCUGAUGAUGGAAAACAAGUGAGACAUGGAGACAUUAGACAGAAACUUCCAGACAAACCAGAGAGAUUUAAUUACACUGUAAGUGUCCUGGGAAAGGAGGGAUUCUCGUCAGGGAAAUUUUAUUUUGAGGUGCAGGUGAAGGGAAAGACUAAAUGGGAAUUAGGAGUGGCCAGAGAAUCCAUUAACAGGAAGGGACAGAUCAUACUGACUCCCAGUAAUGGAUUCUGGACUGUGUGGCUGAGGAAUGAGAAUGAAUAUGCGGCUCUCUCUGGUACUCCUGUCCCUCUGCCUCUGAGCGUGAAGCCGCAGCGGGUCGGUGUGUUUGUGGAUUAUGAGGAGGGUCUGGUCUCCUUUUAUGAUGUGGAGUCCAGCUCUCAUAUCUACUCUUUUACUGGUCAGUCUUUCACUGGGAAACUCUAUCCAUAUUUUUGCCCAGAUCUAAACGAUAAAGGUAAAAACUCAGUUCCACUGAUCAUCACACCUGUCAAAUACAAUAAAUGAAUUGAUAAUAUGAAAUUGAUUGAUUAAUAUAUUUUUCAAUUGCUAACACACUUUUGUCCAAUCUGUAGUCACAUUUUCAAAACUCUAAACACAUUUAGCAGAUCAUCCCUCUGUUGUGACCAUACCAUUAACACAAUUCAUGUCGU